CUCGAAAAAUGCCAUCAUACAGAACAUUGUGCACAAAAGAUACUGGUUUUUAUGCGGAUACUGUUGAAUGGUGUCCCAUACAAGGUUUUAAAGAUGUCUUAGUUUGUGGUACUUAUCAGCUCGUUGAAUCAAAAGAUCCCACAGGGUCAGCUCUGCCUUCGAGACGAGUGGGAAAUGUGCAGUUGUACCGUCUGGACAAGUCAGAAAAAAAUCUUGAGAAACUGUUUACGACUUCAGAGGGAGCUGGGAUUCUGGACAUGAAAUGGUAUCCCGAAGAAUUGAACAACAGAGCUGUCUUGGGAGCAGUCAGUGCUGAGAAAGAGCUGAAGCUUUUUACACUCUUUCACGAACAGGAUGGUACCUUUGUAUUAAAAGAGCAAACAAGCACAUGUGUUGGUCCAGAGAAAAUUUGUCUUUCCCUAGACUGGUCAUCAUCAAUAAACAAUGAGCUUCGAUGUGUUGUAAGUGAUUCCAAGGGGCAAAUAACACUUGUGCAGUGCAGUGAAACAUCACUGGAGCCUCGUCAACUCAUGCAAUGGACAGGACAUGACUAUGAAGCAUGGAUAACAGCCUUUAAUAAAUGGACACCCAAUAUUGUUUAUUCAGGGGGUGAUGAUUGCCGCUUUAAAGGAUGGGAUACAAGAACAGACUGUACUCAACCAAUAUUUAAUUCCAAAAGGCAUGAGAUGGGUGUAAGCAGCAUCCAGUGCAAUCCUGUUCAUGAAAACAUUUUGGCUACUGGAAGUUAUGAUGAAAAUAUUUUACUGUGGGACACAAGACAAAUGAAGAAACCUCUAUGUUCAUCUAAUCCUGGGGGAGGGGUGUGGUGCAUCAAGUGGCAUCCUCAUUAUGGGAAUCGAAUACUGACGGCAACAAUGUAUGAUGGAUAUCAUGUAUUAAAUUAUUCUCAUGACAAAGAUUCUCAUGGGCUUGAAGUUCUUAUAUCUUAUAAGGAAAACUAUGAAUUAGCAUAUGGUGCAGACUGGUACACUGGUACUAGCAGUAAGAUUCAGAAAACUGAAACUGAAAUGAACUCAGAUGAGAAAAUAGAAAAUGAAUCUACAGACUCAACAAGUACUUCAUCCUUAGUUGCGACUUGUUCAUUUUAUGACCAUAUACUUCACUUAUGGGAAGUUAAUUUAUGAUGCUUUGCUAAGGUGAAAAUAAUGCAUUGGAAAUGGAAAACAACACUAAAGUUAAAAAUAUCAGUUGUCACCCACCUCAAUGUCUUUUGUACAAAAAAUGUAGUGCAUUUAUUACACAAAUACUGUUUCUAAAUUAGUACUAAUAUGAGAAUAUCAGUUAAAACGUUAUUUAUCAAAUUCCUUUAUUUACAAUUACGAUAAUUAUACAUUUUGUACCACUUACAUAUAUCAUCAAGUAACAUUUUCAGACCAAACCUGGAAAAAAAAACAUGACAAAGUUGAGGAUUUUCCAUAUGAAUUGAAACAGAACAAGAAAUAUUUGGCUUAAAAAUAUUAUCCAUACUCGCUGUAGAGAGGGGAGAAAGGAGUGUUAGGGAUGUCAACCAACCUUUGUCGCUGCUCUAAAGACAAUUGAGUGACGUGCAGCCAGUACAUCAAUGUUAUCGUCAUAACCUCCACCUAUUACUGUUACACAUGGAAUCCCUCGACAUAAGGACAUUUGUAAUACUUCUUUAUCUCUGUCAAACAGCCCUAGUGAAAGCAUAUUACCAUCAUAAGUGAGAGAGAAAUAAAAUUUAUCUUAAAAAAA